AUAGUAGUUUUGUUGGUGGGUAACGCAAGUUGCACUUGUGUCGUAUGAUUUCGCCGUGUGAUGAAUGAAAAUAAUCGUCGCUUUUUUCAAUGCGUAGUUUUAUAACAGAAACUAAAUACUUAAAAUCGAAUUCCUUGUGAAUGUAGUGCAUUUGAUGUGGAUACAAGGUGUGUGUUCAGCGAGUUUUAUCAAUUACAGUAUUGUGAACUGAAACCCAUGUUUACGUGCUAAAAACACAACGUUGUGCUGUUUUCGAAAACUACGAGUCUCUCAAUUCUUCUUUAUGGGAUCUUGUUGCUAACCAGGCGGUGAAGGAAGCGCGGCAGAAUGCCGGAGGGCGUGGCCAAGGAGGCCAAAGAGGCCAAGGAUGACAAGAAGGGCAAGGGCAAGGAGGCCUCCCCCCGCCGCCGCCCCACUGGGAACCUCGCUAGAGCCAAUGUCGAACUCCUCGACGGCUCCAAGAUGGAGCUCGACGUCGAUAGGAAAAUUCGAGGACAUGAGCUGCUGGCGAAGGUGUGCGAUGCCCUCAACCUGGUGGAGAAGGACUACUUCGGGCUGUUGUAUGAGGAUCGCGGCGACCCGCGCGUCUGGAUUGACCUCGAGAAGAGAGUCUCCAAGAUGAUCAAACGCGAGCCGUGGGAGAUCAGGUUCGCAGUGAAGUUUUACCCUCCGGAACCGGCGCAGCUGCAGGAAGAGCUCACCAGGUAUCAGUUGGUGCUCGCAGUCAGGAGGGAUCUGCUCGAAGGUCGUCUGCCGUGCUCUGCGGUGACGCACGCUCUGCUGGCGAGCUACCUGCUGCAGUCAGAGCUGGGGGACCACGAGGAGUCGCAGGCGGGCGCCGCGCUCUGCAGACAGCUCAAGCUGGUGCCGCCAACAGCCUGCACUCCUGAACUUGAGGAGAAAGUGGUGGAGCUGCACAAGACGCAUCGAGGUCAAACGCCGGCGGAGGCGGAGCUGAACUACCUGGAGAACGCCAAGAAGCUGGCGAUGUACGGCGUGGACCUGCAUCCAGCCAAGGACUCGGAGAACGUCGACAUCACUCUCGGUGUCUGCUCCUCCGGUCUGCUGGUGCACAGGGAGAAGUUACGUAUCAACCGGUUCGCGUGGCCGAAGAUCUUGAAGAUCAGCUACAAGAGGCACAACUUCUACGUGAAGCUGCGGCCCGGAGAGUUUGAACAGUUUGAGUCUACUGUCGGCUUCAAACUCGCAAACCAUCGCGCCGCCAAGAAACUAUGGAAGACCUGCGUGGAACAUCACACCUUCUUUAGACUGAUGAGCCCGGAGCCGGCGGCGCGCGGCACUCUGUUCCCGCGGCUCGGCUCCCGCUUCAGAUACAGCGGCCGCACUCACUACGAGUCCCGCGCAGCGCCGCCGCAGCGCGCGCCGCCGCACUUCUCCCGCACGCUCUCCUCCAGGAAACUCUCCUCGCGCAGCAUGGACGGUCAGUACACGCACCCCCCACACACAUACCCCCAGCGCCGCCGCACUUCUCCCGCACGCUCUCCUCCAGGAAACUCUCCUCGCGCAGCAUGGACGGUCAGUACACGCACCCCCCACACACAUACCCCCAGCGCCGCCGCACUUCUCCCGCACGCUCUCCUCCAGGAAACUCUCCUCGCGCAGCAUGGACGGUCAGUACACGCACCCCCCACACACAUACCCCCAGCGCCGCCGCACUUCUCCCGCACGCUCUCCUCCAGGAAACUCUCCUCGCGCAGCAUGGACGGUCAGUACACGCACCCCCCACACACAUACCCCCAGCGCCGCCGCACUUCUCCCGCACGCUCUCCUCCAGGAAACUCUCCUCGCGCAGCAUGGACGGUCAGUACACGCACCCCCCACACACAUACCCCCAGCGCCGCCGCACUUCUCCCGCACGCUCUCCUCCAGGAACCUCUCCUCGCGCAGCAUGGACGGUCAGUACACGCACCCCCCACACACAUACCCCCAGCGCCGCCGCACUUCUCCCGCACGCUCUCCUCCAGGAAACUCCUCGCGCAGCAUGGACGGUCAGUACACGCACCCCCCACACACAUACCCCCAGCGCCGCCGCACUUCUCCCGCACGCUCUCCUCCAGGAAACUCUCCUCGCGCAGCAUGGACGGUCAGUACACGCACCCCCCACACACAUACCCCCAGCGCCGCCGCACUUCUCCCGCACGCUCUCCUCCAGGAAACUCUCCUCGCGCAGCAUGGACGGUCAGUACACGCACCCCCCACACACAUACCCCCAGCGCCGCCGCACUUCUCCCGCACGCUCUCCUCCAGGAAACUCUCCUCGCGCAGCAUGGACGGUCAGUACACGCACCCCCCACACACAUACCCCCAGCGCCGCCGCACUUCUCCCGCACGCUCUCCUCCAGGAAACUCUCCUCGCGCAGCAUGGACGGUCAGUACACGCACCCCCCACACACAUACCCCCAGCGCCGCCGCACUUCUCCCGCACGCUCUCCUCCAGGAAACUCUCCUCGCGCAGCAUGGACGGUCAGUACACGCACCCCCCACACACAUACCCCCAGCGCCGCCGCACUUCUCCCGCACGCUCUCCUCCAGGAAACUCUCCUCGCGCAGCAUGGACGGUCAGUACACGCACCCCCCACACACAUACCCCCAGCGCCGCCGCACUUCUCCCGCACGCUCUCCUCCAGGAAACUCUCCUCGCGCAGCAUGGACGGUCAGUACACGCACCCCCCACACACAUACCCCCAGCGCCGCCGCACUUCUCCCGCACGCUCUCCUCCAGGAAACUCUCCUCGCGCAGCAUGGACGGUCAGUACACGCACCCCCCACACACAUACCCCCAGCGCCGCCGCACUUCUCCCGCACGCUCUCCUCCAGGAAACUCUCCUCGCGCAGCAUGGACGGUCAGUACACGCACCCCCCACACACAUACCCCCAGCGCCGCCGCACUUCUCCCGCACGCUCUCCUCCAGGAAACUCUCCUCGCGCAGCAUGGACGGUCAGUACACGCACCCCCCACACACAUACCCCCAGCGCCGCCGCACUUCUCCCGCACGCUCUCCUCCAGGAAACUCUCCUCGCGCAGCAUGGACGGUCAGUACACGCACCCCCCACACACAUACCCCCAGCGCCGCCGCACUUCUCCCGCACGCUCUCCUCCAGGAAACUCUCCUCGCGCAGCAUGGACGGUCAGUACACGCACCCCCCACACACAUACCCCCAGCGCCGCCGCACUUCUCCCGCACGCUCUCCUCCAGGAAACUCUCCUCGCGCAGCAUGGACGGUCAGUACACGCACCCCCCACACACAUACCCCCAGCGCCGCCGCACUUCUCCCGCACGCUCUCCUCCAGGAAACUCUCCUCGCGCAGCAUGGACGGUCAGUACACGCACCCCCCACACACAUACCCCCAGCGCCGCCGCACUUCUCCCGCACGCUCUCCUCCAGGAAACUCUCCUCGCGCAGCAUGGACGGUCAGUACACGCACCCCCCACACACAUACCCCCAGCGCCGCCGCACUUCUCCCGCACGCUCUCCUCCAGGAAACUCUCCUCGCGCAGCAUGGACGGUCAGUACACGCACCCCCCACACACAUACCCCCAGCGCCGCCGCACUUCUCCCGCACGCUCUCCUCCAGGAAACUCUCCUCGCGCAGCAUGGACGGUCAGUACACGCACCCCCCACACACAUACCCCCAGCGCCGCCGCACUUCUCCCGCACGCUCUCCUCCAGGAAACUCUCCUCGCGCAGCAUGGACGGUCAGUACACGCACCCCCCACACACAUACCCCCAGCGCCGCCGCACUUCUCCCGCACGCUCUCCUCCAGGAAACUCUCCUCGCGCAGCAUGGACGGUCAGUACACGCACCCCCCACACACAUACCCCCAGCGCCGCCGCACUUCUCCCGCACGCUCUCCUCCAGGAAACUCCUCGCGCAGCAUGGACGGUCAGUACACGCACCCCCCACACACAUACCCCCAGCGCCGCCGCACUUCUCCCGCACGCUCUCCUCCAGGAAACUCUCCUCGCGCAGCAUGGACGGUCAGUACACGCACCCCCCACACACAUACCCCCAGCGCCGCCGCACUUCUCCCGCACGCUCUCCUCCAGGAAACUCUCCUCGCGCAGCAUGGACGGUCAGUACACGCACCCCCCACACACAUACCCCCAGCGCCGCCGCACUUCUCCCGCACGCUCUCCUCCAGGAAACUCUCCUCGCGCAGCAUGGACGGUCAGUACACGCACCCCCCACACACAUACCCCCAGCGCCGCCGCACUUCUCCCGCACGCUCUCCUCCAGGAAACUCUCCUCGCGCAGCAUGGACGGUCAGUACACGCACCCCCCACACACAUACCCCCAGCGCCGCCGCACUUCUCCCGCACGCUCUCCUCCAGGAAACUCUCCUCGCGCAGCAUGGACGGUCAGUACACGCACCCCCCACACACAUACCCCCAGCGCCGCCGCACUUCUCCCGCACGCUCUCCUCCAGGAAACUCUCCUCGCGCAGCAUGGACGGUCAGUACACGCACCCCCCACACACAUACCCCCAGCGCCGCCGCACUUCUCCCGCACGCUCUCCUCCAGGAAACUCUCCUCGCGCAGCAUGGACGGUCAGUACACGCACCCCCCACACACAUACCCCCAGCGCCGCCGCACUUCUCCCGCACGCUCUCCUCCAGGAAACUCUCCUCGCGCAGCAUGGACGGUCAGUACACGCACCCCCCACACACAUACCCCCAGCGCCGCCGCACUUCUCCCGCACGCUCUCCUCCAGGAAACUCUCCUCGCGCAGCAUGGACGGUCAGUACACGCACCCCCCACACACAUACCCCCAGCGCCGCCGCACUUCUCCCGCACGCUCUCCUCCAGGAAACUCUCCUCGCGCAGCAUGGACGGUCAGUACACGCACCCCCCACACACAUACCCCCAGCGCCGCCGCACUUCUCCCGCACGCUCUCCUCCAGGAAACUCUCCUCGCGCAGCAUGGACGGUCAGUACACGCACCCCCCACACACAUACCCCCAGCGCCGCCGCACUUCUCCCGCACGCUCUCCUCCAGGAAACUCUCCUCGCGCAGCAUGGACGGUCAGUACACGCACCCCCCACACACAUACCCCCAGCGCCGCCGCACUUCUCCCGCACGCUCUCCUCCAGGAAACUCUCCUCGCGCAGCAUGGACGGUCAGUACACGCACCCCCCACACACAUACCCCCAGCGCCGCCGCACUUCUCCCGCACGCUCUCCUCCAGGAAACUCUCCUCGCGCAGCAUGGACGGUCAGUACACGCACCCCCCACACACAUACCCCCAGCGCCGCCGCACUUCUCCCGCACGCUCUCCUCCAGGAAACUCUCCUCGCGCAGCAUGGACGGUCAGUACACGCACCCCCCACACACAUACCCCCAGCGCCGCCGCACUUCUCCCGCACGCUCUCCUCCAGGAAACUCUCCUCGCGCAGCAUGGACGGUCAGUACACGCACCCCCCACACACAUACCCCCAGCGCCGCCGCACUUCUCCCGCACGCUCUCCUCCAGGAAACUCUCCUCGCGCAGCAUGGACGGUCAGUACACGCACCCCCCACACACAUACCCCCAGCGCCGCCGCACUUCUCCCGCACGCUCUCCUCCAGGAAACUCUCCUCGCGCAGCAUGGACGGUCAGUACACGCACCCCCCACACACAUACCCCCAGCGCCGCCGCACUUCUCCCGCACGCUCUCCUCCAGGAAACUCUCCUCGCGCAGCAUGGACGGUCAGUACACGCACCCCCCACACACAUACCCCCAGCGCCGCCGCACUUCUCCCGCACGCUCUCCUCCAGGAAACUCUCCUCGCGCAGCAUGGACGGUCAGUACACGCACCCCCCACACACAUACCCCCAGCGCCGCCGCACUUCUCCCGCACGCUCUCCUCCAGGAAACUCUCCUCGCGCAGCAUGGACGGUCAGUACACGCACCCCCCACACACAUACCCCCAGCGCCGCCGCACUUCUCCCGCACGCUCUCCUCCAGGAAACUCUCCUCGCGCAGCAUGGACGGUCAGUACACGCACCCCCCACACACAUACCCCCAGCGCCGCCGCACUUCUCCCGCACGCUCUCCUCCAGGAAACUCUCCUCGCGCAGCAUGGACGGUCAGUACACGCACCCCCCACACACAUACCCCCAGCGCCGCCGCACUUCUCCCGCACGCUCUCCUCCAGGAAACUCUCCUCGCGCAGCAUGGACGGUCAGUACACGCACCCCCCACACACAUACCCCCAGCGCCGCCGCACUUCUCCCGCACGCUCUCCUCCAGGAAACUCUCCUCGCGCAGCAUGGACGGUCAGUACACGCACCCCCCACACACAUACCCCCAGCGCCGCCGCACUUCUCCCGCACGCUCUCCUCCAGGAAACUCUCCUCGCGCAGCAUGGACGGUCAGUACACGCACCCCCCACACACAUACCCCCAGCGCCGCCGCACUUCUCCCGCACGCUCUCCUCCAGGAAACUCUCCUCGCGCAGCAUGGACGGUCAGUACACGCACCCCCCACACACAUACCCCCAGCGCCGCCGCACUUCUCCCGCACGCUCUCCUCCAGGAAACUCUCCUCGCGCAGCAUGGACGGUCAGUACACGCACCCCCCACACACAUACCCCCAGCGCCGCCGCACUUCUCCCGCACGCUCUCCUCCAGGAAACUCUCCUCGCGCAGCAUGGACGGUCAGUACACGCACCCCCCACACACAUACCCCCAGCGCCGCCGCACUUCUCCCGCACGCUCUCCUCCAGGAAACUCCUCGCGCAGCAUGGACGGUCAGUACACGCACCCCCCACACACACACCCCCAGCGCCGCCGCACUUCUCCCGCACGCUCUCCUCCAGGAAACUCUCCUCGCGCAGCAUGGACGCGCCGCCGCACUUCUCCCGCACGCUCUCCUCCAGGAAACUCUCCUCGCGCAGCAUGGACGCUCUGGCGGCGGGUGACAAGGAUGAGUCGAUGCCGCCCGACGCCGCGAAGCGACACACCAUGCCGCCGCAGCCCGCACCUCGACCCACAAUCAAAGAUAAGCUGCGGCGGCGCUCCGGAGGCACGGCCAGCGCCUCCUCCGCCAGCUCGCUGGAGGGGGAGUACCUCGCAGACCGCAUGGAAAAGAAACCACCGCCAGGUGCUGUGAAAGUGAUGCCCACAGCGCCGCCAGACAUGAAGGAAGAUAAAAAAAUAGCAGAAAGAAAGCCUGCUGAAAAUGGAACUGAUACAACCAGCGAUCCUGGUAUAACAAACAACGUUGAAACUCCCAAGAGAUCUAAGGCGGGUAGCUUUGGACUUUUCGGUAGCAGAAAAGACAAGUCGCCUAAGGAAGAGAAACCGCCAAAAGAUAAAUCACCAAAAUCUAAGGACAAAUCACCAAAAGAAAAAGAUAAGAAAUUGAAAGAUCCUAAAGCGAAAGUCGCCGUACUCGAUACAUCUGGCGAUAGCUCCAAUCUGGACAGCUCGGUUGACAAGAGCCCGGCGAAAGACAGCAAGCCGAGCUUUACCAAGCCUUACGAAUAUACUGAUACAGAGAAGAGUCCAACUCGCACUAAACCCUUCAUACAGGGUGCAUUCAGCUACGAAAAGGAACCUAUUUCUGACGAAAAGCAGAGAAGUCUUGAUGAAAGUCAGAGCCCGACUACUAGAAAGGCCGGACUCGCUUUUAACUAUGCGCCCGGUGAGGAAACGAAUCUGGUGGAGAGCGCACAGAAACGAAAGACCCCUGAAGAUCUCAACAAAUUGAAAACACCAGGCAUUGAUUAUGUACAGUCAGCUGCCCUGAAAGAACAAGCGAAGGGACCUAAACAUCUCAUCGAUCCUACAUUAGCAUUACUGGAUUCCGAGAGAGCUCAUCAUGAAGUACCAGUUGCUGCAGCAGUACCGAUUACCAAGAAAGAGAAUGAAAUACAAGUCGUCAUUAUUACAGCCCGAUAUAAUCCCAAGACUAAGAAAUUAGAUGAUGCUAAUGGAACGGUACUGAUAAACAAGGGUACAUUAAAUAAAACUAAUGGAAAGAUACAGACAGACACGGAGCUUAUUAAUACAAAGUCCGGUCAAGUUAACUACACUGACUUUAAGACUGGCAAACAAGAAGUCAAAAAUGGUCAUGUGGAUUCUAAAUCAGGUCAUAUUUUGUUCACCUCCGGUGUCGUCGAUCCUAAAACAGGAAAAAUUGAUCCUACUUUGGCACAGCAAUAUUGCUUUGUUGAGAAGUCUAAAGAUAAUGUAGGUGCUAAACCUGGUAGAGAAGUCGAUUUAGUUGUUAUAACGAGUAAAUACGACGGUAAACAUAAAAAGCUUGAUCCCGCUCAUGCGCACGUGGAUGUCUCCAAAGCUGUGGUAGCACCCGAUGGUACAGUUCAUUCUAACUAUGGGCUAAUCGAUCCUAGAACCGGUAAAAUAGAUUAUGUUGACCCGAAAACAGGUAAACAAGAUCCGAAACAAGCAUACGUAGACCAAAAGACAGGCAAUAUACUUGUAACAACAGGUGUCCACGAUCCGAAGUCUGGAAAAGUAGAUUCAUCGCUUGGACAACAGUUUAGUAUCAUUGAGAAAGACGCAACAAAGGCGAAUAGAGAAGUAAGAUUAGUUGUGAUAACAAGCAAAUAUGAUGUAAAAAGCAAAAAGUUAGACCCGACAUUCGCUCACGUUGACUCUAUCAAAGGUGUGCUGAGCGGAUCUGACGGUAAAAUUUAUUCAGAAUACGGUAUUAUUGAUCCGAGAACGGGUGAAAUUCAAGUCACCGAUACUAAGAGUGGUAAGCAGGAAAUCAAACAAGCCUCAGUGGAUCCUAAAACUGGUAACAUUAUUCUACUGUCUGGAGUUAUUGACCCUCGAACCGGUCAAUUAGAUACUACAUUAGGACAACAAUACAGCAUUGUCGAUAAACCUAUUUCCACAUUUGCUACUGUUCCUGGUAAGGACAUUCAAGUUGUGGCAAUAACCAGCAAAUACGAUACGAAAAACAAGAAAUUAGACACGCCCAACGGAUUCGUUGAAAUAUCUCAAGGUAUUGUCAGCGACAAAGAUAGCAAAGUCCAUUCGAAUUUCGGUAUUUUGGAUCCUAACACCGGAAAAAUUCAUUUCACUGAUCCCAAGACUGGGAAGCGGGACUCAAAACAAGCUAUUAUAGAUCCAAAAACAGGUAGUUUUGUCGUUACUUCCGGAGUAAUCGAUCCAAAGACUGGCAAAAUUGAUUCGUCACUUGCACAACAAUUAAGUAUUGUUGAUAAGGACGCGAAAAAAGGAGUACCAGAAAGAAGAGUCAAUUUAGUCGUUGUCACGGCCAAGUACGACCCUAAGCAGAAAAAGUUAGACCUUGCUACUUCCCACGUCGAUACAUAUCCCGGUACUGUGGAUAAUGAUGACAAAGUUCACACAGAAUUUGGAGUAAUUGAACCUAGCACAGGACAAAUUACUAUUACGGAUCCUGUUACGGGUAAGCCUGAAAUAAAGAAAGCGACCGUCGAUUCAAAGACAGGUAACUUGUUGUUAUCAUCAGGAGUCGUUGACCCCAAAACUGGAAAAGUCGAUAACACUUUAGGACAGCAGUUUAGCAUCGUUAAUACACCUAAGGACACGUUUGCUGUUGUACCUGGUAAGGAAGCGCAAUUAGUAAUUAUAACAAGUAAAUACGACGCUAAGCACAAAAGAUUGGAUAAUCCUAACGGACAUGUCGAUACAUCACGAGCUAUUAUUGCUUCAGACGGCAAAGUUCAUUCUAAUUUCGGAAUUCUAGACCCAAAAACAGGCAAAGUUGAACAUUUUGAUACCGUAUCAGGAAGACAAGAGAUUAAACAAACUGCUGCUGAUCCAAAAACCGGUUAUUUCAUUCUUGCGACUGGCGUCACAGACCCUAAAACUGGCAAGGCAGAUUCCUCUCUUGCUCAACAGUGGUCAAUAGUAGAUAAAGAUGCUUUAAGAGAGAAACAUGUGAAUUUAGUCAUAGUGACGUCUAAAUAUGACCCUAAAAAUAAGAAAUUAGAUCUUACGGAUGCGCAUGUUGACUCAGUUCCUGGAGUUAUGAAAGACGAUGGAAAAGUUUACUCAGAAUUUGGUACGAUAGAACCCAGCACAGGACAAAUUACGAUUGUUGAUCCGGCAACUCGUAAACAGGAAAUAAAAACAGCAGCUGUUGAUGACAAAACAGGAAAUCUUUUGUUGACUUCAGGUGUUGUCGACCCUCACACAGGAAAAGUUAACGCAGGCUUGGCACAACAGUUGUCUAUUGUCAACAAAGAUUACGACAAGAUUCCCGCAGUGCCUGGCCGAGAAGUGCAACUUGUAAUUAUCACAAAUAAAUAUGAGCCUAAGACUAAAAGAUUGGAAAAUCCUAACGGUCAAAUACAAACUUUGCCUGCUAUUAUCACAAAUGAUGGUAAAGUCCAUGCAAAUAAUGUUACUUUAGAUCCCAAAACGGGUAAAAUUGAACAAAUAGACCCUAAGACUGGGAAACCCGAAGUAUCACAGGCUAUUGUUGAUACUAAAACGGGUCAUCUUAUUCUAUCUUCUGGAGUUGUAGACCCUAAGACCGGAAAAUCUGAUUCUUCCCUUGGACAACAAUGGUGUGUUGUGGAUAAAGAUGUGUCAAAACCUGCUCCCGGCCGAUAUGUCAAUUUAGUUAUAAUUACAUCUAAAUAUGAUCUGAAGAAUAAAAAGCUAGAUCUUUCUAACCCACAUGUCGACACUAUUUCGGGUACACUCGGCGCUGACGAUAAAGUUUAUACGGAUAUUGGUGUUAUAGAUCCUGCUUCUGGACAAGUUACACUCAUUGACCCCAUUACUAAGAAACAAGACAUUAAACAGGCAACUGUCGACCCCAAAACUGGAAAUUUAUUGCUUACAUCAGGCGUUGUAGACCCACAUACCGGACACGUGGACCCGAGUCUUGGCCAACAACUAAGUGUUGUUGAAAAACCAAAAGAUACAUUUGCUCCUGUUCCUGGUAGAGAAGUACAAUUAGUUGUGAUUACAAGCAAGUAUGAUUCGAAAAACAAAAGGUUGGAUAACUCUAACGGUCAUGUUGAAUCUCUAAGGGGAAUAAUAGCCGCAGAUGGCCUCAUCCAUUUCAACCAAGGAGUUCUUGAUCCUAAGACGGGCAGAAUCGAACAUGUUGACCCGAAAUCGGGUAAAACUGAGGUAAAACAAGCAGUUGUCGAUCCUAAAACUGGUCAUUUGGUUCUCACCUCUGGAGUAACAGAUCCAAAGACAGGAAAAGCAGAUUCAACUCUUGCGCAACAAUUGAGUGUUGUUGACAAGGAUGUCAAGCCUUUACAACGAGAAAUACAUCUGGUAAUAAUUACCACUAGAUAUGACCCAAGAACUAAGAAAAUCGAUCCGAAUCAAGGAUACGUCGAUACUGUUAGCGCGACAAUCGCCCCCGACGGUAAGAUCGUUUCAGAACUUGGCACAAUCGACACCGCUACAGGAGAAAUAGCAUUAGUUGACCCCUUAACAGGUAAAAGAGAAGUUAAGAAAGCUAACGUUGAUCCAUCGACUGGAUACAUCCUAGUAACGAGUCAAGUAGUCGAUCCGAGGACGGGAAAAGUUGAUCCGACAUUAGUGCAACAGUAUAGCAUUGUUAGUAAGAAAGUCGUGCCACAUACUAAACCUGUUUCUAAAGGAGAAAUACGACUUGUCAUAAUUACUGGAAAAUAUGACCCAAGAACAAAAUCUGUGGAUGCAGGUAUUGGAACAAUUGAAGCAUCUAAAGGUUAUGUUAGUGCUGAAGAUGGAAAAAUACAUACUGAUUUUGGCAUCAUUGAUCCGAGAUCGGGACAGAUAUUCUACAAAGACCCUAUCACAGGUAAACAGGAAUUGAAACAGGCAGAAAUCGAUCCACAGACUGGAAACUUUGUCGUGACAACCUCAGUGGUAGACCCUGCUACUGGUAAACUAGAACCCUCAUACGCUCAACAACUUGCAAUUGUUGACAAGCAGAAUGUUCUGUCUAAAGCGGCAUCUCCGACGCAAAGAGUUAGCGUCUCGCCUGCUAAGCAAGUCGUGUCACCCAUAAAGAUCCCUACUCAGACGCCUAUCCAAACUCCGUUAAAAUCACCAGUAAAGACUACUUCGCCUGUCAUUAGUAGUCAAACACAAAAAGCUUCUCCGGUAACAUCGGUAACACCAGUUCAUAAAACAGCGCCGGUAAAACCUACAGGUGCACCGCCAGCUCCGCCUAAGAGAAAGAUUGUAAAGAUUAUGGUUAUAUUUGCUAGAGUAGAUCCUAAGACCAAGAAACCCGACUUGGGUACUGCGGAAGUCGAGCAUAUAACUGGCAUCUUAGAUCCCAAUGGCCAGAUCGAAACCAAGUAUGGGGUUCUCGAUUCAAAUACUGGUAAUUUAGUUGUAAGCGAUCCCAGCGGUCAGCGGAAGACAAAAGACGGGGUUGUGUUCCCCGAAACUGGACAAAUUUUCAUCCCAUCUGGUGCUGUGGAUCCAAAGACUGGUAAAGCUGACCCAACCUUAGGAAUGAUCUUGAGCGUCGCCAAGCAAGAUGAUCCUGUUGUGGAAAUUACUACAAUAACAGGACCGAUAGAUCCGAGGACUGGUAAAGUUGAUAUUGAAAACGGAUCAGUGGAGCAUACUAAAGGAAAAGUGGACGCAGAAACUGGACACAUUUCGACCAAAUAUGGUGUCAUAGAUCCCUCAAACGGGGUCAUCUUUGUAACGGAUACAUCAGGCGCUCAGGAUACUAAACCGGUAGAUAUUGACGAAAAUAACGGUCAAAUUACGAUCACCGGUGUCGCCGAUCCUAAAACUGGAAGACUCGAUCCUAAACUUGGUCAAGUAUUAGUCGUUGGUACACACAUCGAUCCAGUGGUCGAGGUAACCACAUUUGUUGGUAAAGUUGAUUCAAAGAAAGGAAUAAUAGAACCAAAACAUUCCGUUAUCGAAAGCACGACGGGUCAGUUGAAUCCGGACAAUAAUAAGAUCGACACAAAGUACGGUCAAAUCGAUCUACUGAAAGGUACUGUAACGUACAACGAUCCUAAGACUGGUAAAUUCGAAAGCAAAGAAUUGAACGUAGACCCCGUCACUGGACAAUUCCUUCUGAGAAGCGGACAGAUCAAUCCCAAAUCUGGCAAACCCGAUAAAGACAUCGGUCGUUUGAUUUGUUUGCGAAUAAUCCGUAAUAAAGUCGACCCGGUUUCCGGCAAACAAAUCGUAUCCAACGAUCCUAGGAAUGUUAAAGUCGAUCCGAAAACUAACCAGAUUUGGAUUGCCGGACCGAAAGAUCCCAAGACUGGCGAAGUUCUUUACACAGCUGGACAAAUCGACCCCGUCACCGGCUACAUUAUCACCAUUUACGGUGGUCUCGAUCCCAAGACAGGGACUAUCAUCAAAACUACUGAAAUCGACAAAACUCUCAUUAAGGUUGACCCGGUUAACGGACAAAUUUAUACGGCCACCGGGGAAGUGGACGAAGAUAACCAACCUCUCUACUCUGCCUCACAAGUCGACCCCGGUACCGGAGAAAUCUACACCAAGCUGGGUAAGAUCGAUCCAAGAACUGGAAGGCUGAUAAUUGUCAAGAUUUAUGUUAUCACACAGAAAGAUGAGAAGGGUCGAGUCAAAGAAGUAGACCCGCGAGAGUGCACUAUUGAUGAAACGACUGGUAGAAUAAUUACAACGAAGACCGUCUAUCUUUACCAAAUUAUCGACCCGAUAACGGGAGAAACGAUCGACGUGGACCCUGACGAUCCGAGACUCAAAGGCGCUCGCACCACCGUGACGCAGACGAUGACUCUGUCGGGCAAAAUAGACCCAAUCACUGGCAGGAUAAAGACCGAGUACGGCGACAUUGACCCCGACACGGGCGACAUCGACCCCAGCACGGCGGUGCGCGACCCCGUCACCGGACAGCUCAUCCUGCACUACUCGCAGAUCGACCCCUCGCACUUCGAGGACAAGAGCGGCAACUACACCAUCGAAAAGGAGACGCAGGAUCUGCCCGCAAACAUUGACAUACAGACUGUCAACACGCACAAGUUCAGCACGUUUGGCAAGGACGAGAGCCCAGCGCGCGGCGACGAGCCCAAAACUUUCACCGAGUACUCUACCAGUGAGCACAUCCGGCACCAAGGCUUUGUGUCAUCCAGUACCCCCCUCUCCUCAAAGAUCCCGGUUUCGCAGCGGUCGAAGAAGACCCCCACGCCUCCCGUGGUGGUAAAGACCACCACCAAGCAGCUUCUGACCAAGAACGAGGAGGGCGUCACCCACAACGUCGAGCAGGAGGUGGAAAACCUCGGUACGGGCGAGGUCACCUUCUCCACACACACAAACAAGGCGGAAAGCCUAGAGCCCGAGGGAAAGAGCCCUUAUGUGACCGCGCGGGCGGUAACGACGCGCACUGCGACCACGCACCACGACCUCGACACGAAAGCCAAGACCCAGCAGAUGGAGGAGAAGACGGUCGCGCACACGCUCACAUCUUCUGCCACUCGGCACGAGCAGCGUGUGCUCACGCAGCAGGUCAAGACCAUGGUGACCACCGGCGACCAGCUUGGUAGGCGCGGGUCGGGCAGUUCGCUGAGCAGCGGUGACUCGGGCACGCCCAUUGACUUCGAGGAGGGUGGGGAGAGCACCUACUAUGUCACCGAGCCAGGCUCAUACACAACGACGACUUCUAGCACAGUGAUGGGCAACGCACCUUUCGGCAGUAUGGUGCACGGCGCCACCGCCAGGACGAGCUCGGGCCCUCAGAUAACUGAGAGCGGGGAACAGGAGUUGGGGCAGGGAGAUGGCGAGGUGGCCUCCUCGCAGACCAUCAGCUCCAAGACCCGCACCGUCGAGACCAUCACUUACAAAACGGAGCGCAACGGAGUUGUGGAGACUCGCGUGGAGCAGAAGAUCACCAUACAGUCUGAUGGAGACCCCAUCGACCACGACAGAGCCCUCGCCGAGGCCAUACAAGAGGCCACGGCGAUGAACCCCGACAUGACUGUGGAGAAGAUAGAGAUCCAGCAACAGAGCACGCAGCCAUAACUUCCCGCCAUCUCCUCGCGCACGUCCGCCAUCUUGAUUCAUUGCGUCAAAAUGGCGUCGAGAAAACGGUUCACACUAUAUUAAAUACUUUAAAAAUGUUAUAAUCGACCAAUAAUGCGUACCUUAUAUAUUAAACGUAAUCUCUGUAUAAAUUAUUAGAUUCGCGCCAUUUUUCUGACAUUAUAAAACAAGAUGGCGUCGUGUUAUAAAAUUAGCAGUAAGCGACAUUGCGAAUAUUAAGUUAU